AUGGCUAACCUAUUGAAACUCUUAAUUGCCACAUCCUUUUUAGCUCUCAUGUGCUUGUUUAUGGUUGAAUCAAGCCCAAACCCUAAAUUGAGUCUAACAACACGUAUAAAGUUAGAAGGUGAGACAACGUCUGAUUGUUGGGGGUCUUUGUAUGAACUCCAAGCAUGUACUGGAGAAGUUAUUACGUUCUUUCUCAGUGGGGAAGCAUAUUUAGGUGUCAAGUGUUGUCAAGCCAUCAAAACCAUUCAACAUGAGUGUUGGCCUACAUUGCUUGGAUCUCUAGGAUACACAACUGAAGAAGGUGACAUCCUUGAAGCUUAUUGUGAUACUACAACUGAGGAUGAUCGUCUUUUCACAAUGUCUUCUCCUAAAGUAGCAAUGGCACCAUCUUUCAAGCCAAGUAAUUAUGAGCCUAUAAUCUCCGUCCCAUGA